AGUGUGGCGUCGGCAUGCGACGAACGAUGUCGAAUUAUUUCGAACGAAACCGGUUCGUUAUGUUAAAUCAUAUUAUGUAAAUAAAGUUUUUAUGAAAACUUUUUUUCACUAAAAAUUUUUCGUUCGUGAAAUUCGCGUGUUUAUACUGUAUAUUAAUGUGACUUGUGUGUACACAAAGGGGAAUUUAUUCGAGCAAUGGCCUUUGGUGUUGGUCACAGUUUGUUUCUAAGUUUUGUUGCCAUGAGCUGAAAUGAUGAAUCGGCGCGCCUUCGUGAACUGCCUACUGGUUAUCGCGCUUUCUUAUUCGAACUUAAAAUCGACUUUCGCCGACGGCGGCAGUGCUAAUUUCCAGUUCACUAAACAUCAUUAUAAUGUCAGUAUUCCCGAAAACAGUAUUGCCAAAUCGUACGCUACCCAAAUUCCAGGUUCCGAUCUCAUGGGCAUACGAUUGCAAUCGGAUACGUUCUACGAUAUUCGAUAUAAGAUAGUAGAAGGUGAUAAAGAUAAAUUUUUCAAAGCUGAACAUAGAAUAGUGGGAGAUUUUUGUUUUCUUUUCAUCAGAAUUAAAACUGGAAAUAACGACGUACUGAAUCGCGAAAGGCGAGAUAAAUAUAUUCUGCAAGUACGAGGAUACGCCACCCUCCGAGAAGGUAAACAAAAAGUUCAAUACACCACUGAUACGACGGUCAUCGUUACUGUAUUAGAUACGAACGAUUUGAAUCCUCUUUUCUAUCCAACGGAAUAUAACGCUACCGUUUACGAGGAUACACCGGUGCAUCGUAAUUUUUUAAAAGUAGUAGCCGAAGAUGCCGAUUUGGGUAGAAACGGCGAAAUUUAUUACAGUUUUAUCGAAGAUACCGACAAAUUUAUGAUACAUCCUAUCACGGGAGCGAUAUCGUUGACCCGUUCACUGAGAUAUAACGAAGGUUCGUACCACGAACUGACCGUUUACGCCCAAGACAGAGGUAUAUCGACGAAAAGCGGAUCGGGAAUGUUCAGCAAAGCGAAAGUGAGAAUUCGCGUACAAAAAGUUAAUUUUCAUUCGCCCGAAAUAAAAAUCAGAAGACAUCCGCAGAUUGUUGAAAACUCGAACGCGGAUAUUUACGCUAUAGUGAACGUAUCGGAUAAAGACAGCGGCGUACACGGGGAAAUAGCCAGUUUGGAAAUAGUCGACGGAGAUCCCGAUGGACAUUUCAGAAUUAAACCCACUAAACAACCGGGUGAAUAUAAUAUAGAAGUUUUAAAAUUGUUAGAUCGCGAAACGGCGCCCAACGGAUACGUUCUACAAUUAAGAGCCGUCGAUAAAGGUAUACCACCCAAGGAAAGUUAUAAAUCCGUACCCGUGGUAUUAGCUGAUUUUAACGACAACGCUCCGGUGUUUAAUAAAGAAAUUUACGAUAUAAAAGUAUCCGAAUCGGCUCCAAUAAACACACCGUUAAUAAGAUUAAAAGUAACAGACGCAGACGAAGGCAAAAACGCCCAAGUAUAUUUAGAAAUCGUAGGAGGUAACGAAGGCGGCGAAUUUAGCAUUAAUUCCGAAACUGGAAUGUUGUACACCGCGGUACCGCUAGACGCCGAAAGUAAACAAUUUUACAGUCUCACCGUAUCCGCCAUCGACCAAGGAAACGUAGCGACGCGUAAACAAUCGUCCGCCAAAAUAAAAAUAUACGUCGAAGAUAAAAACGAUAACGAUCCCAUAUUCGAAAAAUCGGAAACUGUUGUAUGGAUAGACGAAAACAUGCCAGCCGGAGCUUCAGUUACAUCUGUACACGCCAAAGAUAAAGAUAGAGGAGAAAACGCUUACAUCUCUUAUCUAAUUGCCAAUCUUAAUAAAGUCCCAUUCGAAAUCGACCAUUUUUCCGGCGUCAUUAAAACUACGAUGCUGUUAGAUUACGAAAGCAUGAGACGGGAAUACACGCUACGAAUCCGAGCUUCCGAUUGGGGUUUACCGUACCGACGACAAACCGAGAUGCAAUUAACUGUUAAAAUUAGAGACGUCAACGAUAAUAGACCGCAAUUCGAAAAAAUCGAUUGCUUUGGACACGUCUCGAGAAAUCUACCGAUCGGAACCGAAAUAAUAACUCUAUCGGCUAUCGAUUUCGACGCGGGAAAUAUAAUUAGUUAUCGCAUCGUAUCCGGAAACGAAGACGGUUGUUUUUCCAUCGAUGCAACCUCGGGAACUAUUAGCGUUAGUUGCGAUCUGAACCAAAUUAAAGUAAACGAUAGAGAACUCAACGUAACCGCCACGGAUAACACACAUUUCGCCGAUAUAACGAGAAUACGUUUCAAAUUAAUCAACGGUAAGAAUAAGAUGUUAAAAUCGUUUAAUAAUGACGAAACGGAACAGUUCGAUUGCAAGGAUACCGGAGUGGCUAGAAAACUAACUGAAAUUCUCGCGGAUGCGGAAAAUAACAAUAAGCCUUCGACGCAAGAAGAAUUUCCAAUGAUGCCUACACGUUACGGCCUCAAUGUACAUUCCCCGGAAUUCUUGGAUUUUCCCGUAGAAAUUAAAGUGAACGAAUCGGUUGCUUUAGGUACGACGUUAAUCAAGUUACGAGCUCGAGAUAGAGAUUUGGGUUACAACGGAAAACUGCUCUAUGGAAUAUCCAACGGUGAUUUGCGUUCGCAAUUUUGUAUCGACAUGGAAACGGGGGAAUUGAAAGUUAUAGGGUAUUUAGAUAGAGAAAGAGACACGGAAUAUUUUCUAAAUAUAUCAGUAUACGAUUUGGGGAAACCGCAAAAAUCUAUUUCUCGUAUACUUCCUAUAACUGUAUUGGAUGUUAACGAUAAUCCUCCCAAAUUUGAAAAAACGUUGGCGAGUUUUCGUGUGACUGAGAACGCCUUGAACGGCACGGCUAUAUUUCGCGUAAACGCCACUGAUGCCGAUGAAGGCGACAACGCUAAAAUCACUUACUCCCUAAUAACGGAUACGAAAGAUUUUUAUAUAGAUCCAACAACGGGAGUACUCAUAGUAUCUAACGGUUUAGAUAGAGAACGGCAGGAUUUGUACGAAUUAAAAAUACGAGCGACAGAUGGUGGAGGUAAAGGUCACGAUAACCCUCCUCUUUAUUCAGACGCUUUAGUGAGAAUCACCAUCGAUGACAUCAAUGAUAAUCCUCCUAAAUUCAGUUUGCCGAAUUACGUGGUUAAAAUACGCGAGGAUGUACCUAAAGGAACCGUAGUAGCUGUAAUUACAGCAUCGGAUCCGGAUUUAGGGCUCGAAGGUGAAGUGCUUUAUUCCUUGGAAGACAGUGAUAGUGACGAAGCUUUCAGAAUAGAUAAUUUAUCGGGUACUAUCCGUACGACGAAAUUGCUAGAUUUCGAGGAAAGACAAGUACAUAGUUUAGUGGUAUAUGCGAAAGAUAAAGGAAAUCCUUCGUUGUCUUCGGAAGCUAGUGUAACUAUAAACGUCGUGGAUGUUAAUGAAAAUAUGUACGUUCCGCAGUUUAGUGAUUUCGUUUUAGUGGGAAAAGUGACGGAAAAUUUACCCGUAGGCAGUUUUGUGAUGCAAGUUAAUGCGACGGAUUCGGAUCCGCCCGGAGGGGACAGCACAAUAGAGUACUCCAUUAGAGGAGGAGAUGGAAUUGGAAUUUUCUCUAUAGAUAAUAAAGGUGUUAUUCGUACUUUGGCCAUGCUUGAUAUCGAAACGAAAAGUCACUACUGGAUAACGGUGUUCGCUCAAGAUCAUGGUAUCAUACCUUUGGUGUCUAGUGUUGAGGUGUAUAUCGAAGUUUUAAACGAAAACGACAACGUUCCUUUAAGCGAAGAGGCAGUUUACUAUCCAAACAUUCCCGAAGAGAGUCCCGAAGGCACCACAGUUCUUCAAAUAAGAGCUACGGAUAGGGAUAAGGACCCUAACCAAAAAAUAACAUAUAAGAUCACCUCUGGCAACCCCGAGGGUUUUUUCGUCAUCAAUUCUAGCGAAGGUAUCAUUACGACGACAUCUAGAAAAUUGGACAGAGAAGCACAACCAGAACAUAUUCUCGAGGUUCUUAUCAGUGAUAAUGGAAGUCCCCCUCUCACGUCUAUAACGCGAGUCGUAGUAGGAGUUGAAGACAUCAACGACAAUGUUCCUGAAUUUGAACAAAUCUCCUACGAAAUUCAGAUCCCGGCUGUAAAAAGUGAAACCGAUCAACCUCUUUUCCAGAAAGACACCCCCUUCAAUGAAUUUGAAGAGCUCGAUGAUGCUCCUGGGGAUGAGGAUAUAUGGGAGACACAUGGUCCUACCGAUUAUAUCGAUCUAAACCGGGUAUCAAGGGUCUUGGCUUUUGACCGGGAUAUAGGACAAAAUGCUCAAUUGAAUUACCACAUUAAAUCGGGAAAAGGACGGACGAAAUUCAAAAUUGAUAACAGCACUGGAAUAGUUUAUGCGCAAAAAACUCUUCUGGCUGGCGAGGAAUAUGAAUUGAAUGUGAAAGUAAGCGACAUGGGGGAACCACCAAAGCACAGCGUCUGCAAAGUAUUGGUUCGAACUAUACCAAUUUUAGCCACCUCCCUACAUGCCCCAGUCGUCAAACAACCUGCUUCAGUUAAAUUAACUGAAGGUGAUGAAAUAGGAUUGUUAGUUGCUUCAAUAUCGGCCAUGGAUCCAGAUAAUGACACAUUGUGGUAUGACAUCGUAGAUGGAAACGAAAGAAAUGAUUUCUUCAUUGGUAGGGAUAUCGGAAAUAUUCUAAUAGCUCAACGGUUAGAUUACGAAACCCAACACGAUUACGUCCUGAACAUCAGCGUUACAGAUUCAGUCCACACCGUUUAUGUCCAAUUGAACAUAACCAUACUUGACAUAAACGAUAACAGACCAAUAUUUUCGGAACGUGUUUACAAAGUAGAAAUAUCGGAAGCAGUUCCGUUAUACACGGAAGUACUUAAAUUACAAGCCACUGAUAAAGACGCUAACGAAAAUUUGAUAUACAGUUUCCAUUCCGCCGAAAAUAUGAUAUCUUUACGAACCUUUAUGCUAAACCAAAUGACCGGGAUCAUAUCUUUGGCGGCCAGUUUGGACAGGGAAUCUCUUAACGAACAUAUAUUAACAGUUAUGGUGAAAGAUAGCGGAAUACCGGCCAAGAAAAACUUCGCUAGAAUUCAUAUAAUUGUACACGAUCACAAUGAUCAUACGCCUACGUUUGCUGAUAAAAUUUUGGUCGGGAAAGUAUUUGAAUCGUCAGCAGUGGGUAGCGCGGUAUUGCGCGCUUACGCUGUCGAUCACGAUAAAGGCGAAAACGCACGAAUAUCCUACUCGAUUAUUUCCGGUAACGUCGGUAACGUAUUUAGUAUUGACGCUGACUUGGGCACCAUUACGAUAGCUAGAGAACUAGAUCUUACGACGGUUAAAGAAUACACGCUGCAUAUCAAAGCCACCGAUCACGGGCAACCGCCUCUGUCGUCGACGGUACCGGCGCAUAUAAUGGUAACGAUGGCCGAUAACGCGCCGCCUAAAUUCGUCGGAAAAGAACUAGCAGCUGAAAUAUAUGAGGAUCAACCUUUAGGUAGUUAUGUAGCACACCUCGAUGUCAGGAGUACGUCUUCUUUACAAUUCGAAAUAUUAUCUGGAAACACCGAUAAUGCCUUUUUGAUUAGUCCUAGUACCGGCGUCAUAACCACUAACAAGUACUUGGACUAUGAGGCUGUGAAGUAUUAUAAUUUAUCUGUGAUAGCCACUAAUAUGGCAUCAAUUUCAGCGACUUGCAGUAUAAUUAUUCAUAUUCUGGACAAAAACGAUAACAUACCAGAAUUUCUACAAUCCAAUUAUUUCGGGAUAAUAAGCGAAUCCGCACCGAUUCAAUCAUUAAUUUUAACAAAUAAAAGCGAUCCCCUGGUUAUCAAAGCUUACGACGCCGAUUCCGAAGGUAAUUCCUUAUUGGAAUACACCAUCAUAGAAAAUUUACCAAAAAGAUACUUCGAAAUCGACGGCAACACCGGCGCUAUAAGAGUCAUCAAAUUGCUAGAUCACGAAACUUACGGUAGUUUCACGUUCCACGUACAAGUAUCCGACAUGGGAACUCCAAAGUUAUCAUCCGAUACAACGGCAAGAGUCGAUAUAAAAAUAAUUGACGUUAAUGAUUCUCCGCCUAUUUUCCAGAGCCCUAUUUACAACGUUACUUUACUGUUACCGUUAUAUAAAAACGUAGCAGUCGUACAAGUGAACGCUACUGAUCCGGACGGUCCUGAAACGGGCACUUUGAGAUACGACAUUAUCGAAGGGAAUAAAUUAGGAAUAUUCAACGUGGAUCCGAAAACUGGUCUAAUUACUUUGGCUGAUCCCGAUAAUUUAAAAUCUUCCCACAGACUCCACGUGAGAGUAUCGGACGGGAAAUUCUCUAACGUGGCUAAAGUUUAUGUUAGAGUAGACGCAAGCGAUAAUUCCGGAUUAGUUUUCCAAAAAUCCGUGUAUGAUGGUACCGUUAUAGAAAAUUCUACGAAAAUACAUCACGUUAGCGUCGUCAACGUUCUAGGAACUUCUCUAAACGAACACGUGGAAUUCCGUAUAUUAAAUCCUACGGAUUUGUUUACCAUCGGUCAAACUUCGGGGGUUAUUAGAACAACCGGUUUGGAAUUCGAUAGAGAAAAAAAAGAUAAUUACGAACUUAUAGUAGAAGCGAAAAGCGAAAUGCCGCCAAGAGAACGUCCUAGAGUAGCGCACGUCAUUGUUAACGUCACUGUUUUAGAUAUAAAUGAUAAUUGCCCCAUGUUCGUUAACUUACCAUAUUACGCGGUAGUAUCUGUCGACGACGAAAAAGGAAGUACGAUUACCAAGGUUCAUGCCAUCGAUUUGGAUAGUGCGGAAAACGGAGAAGUUAGAUACGAACUGAUCAAAGGGCAUGGAGAAUUAUUUAAAGUGCAAAGAGAUUCCGGGAAUAUUGAAAUUAAACAGAACUUGGAAGGACAUAAUAAGGAAUAUGAACUAUUGAUAGCUGCUUAUGAUAAAGGUAUAACGCCAUGUCGAACGGAUGUUACAGUCCACAUCAAAGUGAUCGACAGGUCUAUGCCGGUCUUCAAAAAGCAAUUUUACUCCGAGUCAAUUCCAGAAAAUGUGGAAUUGCAUUCUCCACUGUCGAUUUCAAUCGAAGCCGAAUCACCACUGUCUCGCAAAUUGAUUUAUAGCAUUGUUAAAGGAAACGAUAUGGAGCAAUUCGCCCUUGAUUUCAACACAGCCCCCGAUACUAACACUGGCCCUUGUGUAAUAUCCGUGGUAGAUGAACUAGAUUAUGAACAGCAAGCCCUCUUUGAACUUAUUAUAAGAGCUACUGAUUCUGUAUCUGGUGUUCAUGCGGAAGUUCCCGUGUCAAUUAUUCUACUAGAUGUUAAUGAUUGUCCACCUGAAUUUACUGAAGAAAACUAUAACAUAUCCAUAUCAGAAGCGGCUCAAUUUGGAACGCCUAUUUUAACAGUGGCAGCUUUGGAUAACGAUACCGGUAUCAAUAAGCAAAUAAUUUAUUCCAUACUUAAAGAAGACAACAAAAAUCACGAAUAUUUCUUUAUUGACGAAAACGACGGAACUAUAUAUUUAAAACAGUCUUUGGACCACGAAGAAUCGAGUCUACAUCAUUUUGUAGUUGUUGCUACCGAUAAGGGCGUUCCAAACCUUUCCAGCACAGCCCAUGUGUGGUUGAAAGUUCUUGACAUGAACGACAAUCCACCGAAAUUCGAACAGUCGACUUAUUCGUGCGGACUAUCAGUAAGCGCCAAACGAGAUCAAUUCGUCACAGUUGUUAGAGCAAGUGACCUAGACGAUGUGGAUCGUAAUAAUUUACGUUACUCAAUAGUUAACGGUAACGAUCAUCAAACUUUCUCGAUGGAACCAGAAACGGGAAUAAUAACUCUUACUAACUUGGCAAACUUUGGAUCACAACACAUCAUGCUCCUUAACAUAUCGGUGUCGGAUGGAGUUUACACGAGUUUCGCUAGAUUAAAAGUUGAAUUGUUACCAGCCAAUUUAUAUCCGCCUCAAUUUAGCGACAUCAUAAGAGAUGUGCAGGUUCCGGAAAAUAGACUACCAGGCUAUCCUGUAACAACUGUCAACGCAACUGACGGCGACAUGGGUGAAUUUGGAAUCGUCACCUAUAGCAUUCACUCCCCUUUGAUGAGUGAAUUUUUUAUCAUCGAAAAGAAUUCUGGUAAAAUUACAACCAAAGUUAAAUUAGAUCGAGAAAAACAUAAGAUGUACGAGAUAUUAGUCGCCGCAACUGACGGUGGGGGGCUAUCAGACUUUAUGACAGUCAGAGUAAAAGUUAUCGACGAAAACGACAACGCUCCAAAAUUUUUAUUAAAAGAAUACAAAGCUAGCAUACAUUCCAACUUAACCACCGGUAGUAGUUUCGCAAAAAUCAAAGCUAUAGACGAAGACGAAGGUGUCAAUGCCGAAUUAUUGUAUUCUAUAUAUGAAAAGAAACAAUCAGAAGUUGGAAACAUUUUCUCUAUCAAUCAUAUCACUGGAGAAUUAUAUUUAUUGAAAAAUGUCCAUAACUAUGUUGGAAAUACAUUUCAAUUCUUCGUUAGAGCGACAGAUCGUGGUCGAACAGAAAAACACGCAGAAGUUCCAGUAAACGUUCUAAUCAUGGGACCAAAAGAUUAUCCGCCAAUAUUCGAAAGAGACGUCGGGAAAUUUUUCCUAUCUGAAAAUUCUGCCACAGGUACUGUUAUUACAAGAUUAAAGAUGGUUUCCAAUAUAUCGGUUACUUUCCAAAUUAUAUCUGAUUCUGAGGAAGAUCCUCAAUUCGACAUAGACAAUCAGGGACAAAUCUAUUUAUCUAAACCACUGAAUUUUGAAGCACAAAGUACUCAUUUUAUAGGAGUUCUAGCAUUGACAGAUUCUAGUCCACCACUAGUAGCACUUGCCGAAAUUAUAUUACAAGUACAAGAUGAAAACGAUCAUCCACCACAAUUCGAAAGUUCUUUAUAUCAUUUAAAUUUGGCCGAAAACGUCGAAGAAGGAAGAUCCGUUUUACGAGUAAUUGCCCAUGAUGAAGACCAAGGGAACAACGGAGAAGUUCGAUAUAAUUUUUCCCCCGACAUAGGAGACACGGCUAACUUAUUCGCCAUCGACAGUCAUACCGGUUGGAUAAGCGUUAUAGCGAAACUCGAUAAAGAACUCAAACCCGAAUACAAAUUCUAUGUUACCGCAAUAGAUAACGGUACUCCUAAAAAUUCUGCGCGGACCACUGUUCUCAUACGACUCAAAGAUUAUAACGACAGUCCUACGAAGUUCAAAGAAAACUUUUAUAAUACUACGGUGAGCGAAGACGCUUUACCCGGUACUGUUGUAAUGAUUCUGGAAACUACAGACGCCGACAUCGAUCUCACAACUCCUGUAGAAUAUUACAUCGUUUCUGGAGAUGGUAGUUCGAAUUUUGAAAUUAAACAAUCGGGAGAAUUGUACGUCGCAAAGGCUUUGGAUAGAGAGAAAGUCAGUUCAUAUAAUUUGGAAGUCAUGGUGACAGAUGGUUUGUUUACUGACAAAACUAAAAUCAAGGUUAUAAUUGGGGACGUUAAUGAUAAUCCACCAUAUUGCCUGAAACAUCGCUACAGAGAAAUACUAUCGGAAGGCAUAUUCCCAGGCUCUUACGUUUUGACAGUGCUAGCAACAGAUAUCGACGGUCCCGAACAUUCGAAAUUGCGAUACGUUUUAAGCGGUAACGGUUCCGAAACCUUCUCUUUAGACAAGGAAACUGGUAUACUUAAAACUGUCGCUUACUUGGACAGAGAAAAGCAAUCGAAAUAUAUGUUGAGUGCUCAUAUUCACGACAAAGAAUACGCUAUGUGGGAAUGCUCCUCCCAAAUAGAACUAACAAUAUCCGAUCUAAACGAUAACGCUCCGUUAUUCACAUUACCAUAUUAUUCUAUAACGUUACCGGAAGAUGUCGAAAUUGGGACGUUGGUAACCAAAAUCCACGCUUCCGAUGCCGAUGUAGGACUGAAUAGAAAAGUGAAAUAUUCAUUUUUAGAUUCUUUCCACGAUCAUUACAGAAUAGAACCAGAUAGUGGUAUAGUAACACUGGCUAAACCGUUAGAUAGAGAAAUUAAAGCAUUGUACAAUCUGUCUGUACAAGCUACCGAUCAAGGCUCUCCCCAAUUAUCUAGUACGGUAUAUCUUGUAGUUAACGUACAAGAUAUCAACGACAAUCCUCCGGAAUUCGAAAAGAAAUAUUACUUCGCAACUAUACCCGAAAUAGAUAGCAUCGGAACGGAAGUUGCGAGAGUAUUGGCAACCUCGAAAGAUAUCGGUGCUAACGCGGAAGUUUACUACUCAAUUAUCGGUGGAAACGAACAUAAGAAAUUUGCUAUUCAUAAUAAAACCGGUGUAAUAACUAUAGCUGACAUUUUGGAUUACGAAAAAGCGAAGGAUUAUUUUUUGACAAUUCAAGCUAUCGACGGAGGUAUUCCACCUUUGAGCAAUGUUGCCACGGUAAACAUAACUAUAAUCGAUUGUAAUGACAACGCGCCUGUUUUUAGUCAAGCGUCUUACAGUGCUAGAAUUAGGGAAGAUGCUCAAAUAGGCGACAAAAUAUUACAGAUUACAGCCACGGACUUGGACAGUAAUGCAAAUGGUGAAGUAUCAUAUUCUAUAAUUAAAGGGAACAAUCAAGGACAGUUCGAAAUAGAUGAAAGAUCUGGAUAUGUUUUUGUAGUUGCCGAUUUAGAUAGAGAAACCGUUUCUAGUUAUGUGCUGGAAAUUUUAGCCAAAGACAACGGCGUACCUGUUCUAUCAAGACAAACUUUACUAAAUAUUGAAAUAUCUGAUGCCAAUGAUAACCCUCCAAUAUUUUCUAAAGCCAAUUACAGUGUUAUCGUUCAAGAAGAUAAACCACUAGGAUAUUCAAUUAUCAAAUUCGAAGUGACGGACGCCGAUACCAUUCCCAAUACAGUGCCGUACACAUUCGAUUUUCGCAGCGGAAAUGAAGGCAAUAGUUUCAGAUUAGAUCAAGAUGGUGUUUUGAGAACAGCUACCAAAUUCAAUCAUAAAAUAAGAGACACAUACUUAUUACAAAUUAGAGUUUUCGAUAACGGAAGUCCUCCGAUGUUUUCAGAUACGUGGGUAGUUGUAAAAGUUAUAGAAGAAUCGCAGUAUCCUCCGAUAAUCACGCCACUCGAAAUCAACAUUAACAGUUAUCUCGAUGAAUAUUCGGGCGGAGUGAUCGGUAAAGUUUAUGCGAACGAUCAAGAUCAAUACGAUACCCUAACAUUUGCUCUAUCUCCAACGGCGGGAAUUUCGUAUCCGACUCACGAACUAUUUCGAAUAAAUAAAACGGAUGGAACUUUAACGGCAUUACCUCGAUUGGAUGUCGGGGAUUAUCGUUUAAACGUGACGGUAACCGAUGGGAAAUUCUCCACGCACGCCAUAGUAAAAAUUAACAUAGAAAUUUUAUCUGAAAGUAUGUUAGAAAACGCGGUCGGUAUAAGAUUCCGCGAUGUCAGACCCGAAACCUUCAUAUUAAGUCAUCGAAAAGGUUUCAUCCGAGCCAUCAGAAACGCCAUGAAUUGUAGACUUAAAGACGUUGUUAUCAUCAGCGUACAACCGUCUAAUAACGAAGAUCUACUUAGAACAAAACGUUACAGUAACAAAGAUCUCGACGUACUUUUCACCGUAUACAAACCCGACGAAGGAUUCUUCCCUGCUGAAACGAUAAAAAAAGCUCUCAGCGAUAAUCUUCAGGAACUCGAAGAAAGCACCAAGCUGGUAGUGGAAGAAAUACUCAGAUUCAAGUGCAGCAACAAAUAUUGUAUCUACGGCUCGUGUCAAGAUCAUUUUGUCUUAGAUACCGAGUCAAUAGAACCGAUUUCAACGGACGUUACGAGUUUCGUUUCGCCCAAACAUCACCAGAAACUCGAAUGUUUAUGCAAAGAAGGAUACGGUGGCGAAAAAUGCGACGCAAUCGUAAACGAAUGCGCGAGAGAACCUUGCGAUACUUUCAAGUUAUGCGUUCCGGAUUCUUCUCAAAUUGGAUAUACUUGUCAAUGUCCGGAAGGUUACGCUGGGGCGUCGUGCGACGUGGACAUUUCUAAAUGCCACGAAAAUAAUUGUUACAUUGCCAGGAAUCCGAUUUCGUUUAGCGGAAAAAGCUACUCUCAAUAUAGGAUCAUCAAUAAAAAGUCCAUAGAAGAUAAAUUCAGUUUGAGCUUGAGGAUAAGAACGGUACAACCUACUGGAAAUCUUUUAUAUGCUGCCGGGAAAAUUGACUAUAAUAUUUUGGAGAUCGUUAACGGUCGAAUUCAAUUCAGAUACGAAUUAGGUAGCGGCGAAGGUAUAGUUCGAAUUCCGAAUAUAUUUAUAUCCGAUGGAAGUUGGCACGAAAUCAAACUAGAAAGAGAUAGAAACAACGCGAAAAUAUCCAUAGACGGAGAUCACAACGCGCAAGGGUCAGCUCCCGGUAUCAGCGAGAUACUAAAUCUUCAAAGCGACGAAUUAUACCUAGGAGCCGAAGUCCAUCAACAUCCGACAGUAUUAGGUUUCGAAGAUAUCCAAAAAGGCUUCGUGGGUUGUAUGGACGACAUAAGGAUAUCCAGAGUGGCAGUACCUUUACACAAAUCCGGUGAAAAUUCCGUAGUUGUGUUAAAACGGUUCGCAAACGUCGAAUUUAGUUGUGACGCCGCUACCGUACUACUUCCGCCGGGUCCUUGCGGAUCACAACCUUGUAUGAACGGAGGUACUUGCAAAGAAACUAAAACCGGUUUCGAAUGCUCUUGCCAUUCUAGAUUUACAGGCAGUCUUUGCGAAAGGGAUACGGAUCCUUGCGCUUCUUCGCCUUGCUUGUAUGGCGGUAAAUGCAUCCCUACAAUAACGGGUGAUUUCUCGUGCGAAUGCGUCUUUAUGUUGAGCGGAAAAAGAUGCGAAUACGGUAAAUAUUGCUCGCCCAAUCCGUGUAAACACGGCGGCGUUUGUGAGGAAGGAGACGAAGGUCCGCUUUGUAAAUGUAGAUCCUUCACCGGUGAAUUCUGCGAAUUCGAUUUAAAUGAAUGCGAAUCUUCGCCUUGUCAAAACGGCGCCAACUGUAUAAACGAAAUCGGUUCGUUUCAUUGCGUUUGUCCGCCAAACGUUACCGGACCUUAUUGCGCGAAUUUAAUCUACUCUACCUCUCUAUCGACUCCGUUUCAUAAUUUCACCUGGGAAGAACUUAUCUACAUCGGCAUAGGAGCUAUAUGCGUAAUCUUAUUAGUCACAAUCGUAAUAACCUGCAGAUGUUACUGUAAACACAAGAAAAAGAGAAACAUGAACAACGAAAAUCUCAAAGACAACAUCGUUCUAAAUUCCAAUAGAGCUCACGAAUUAUCGGAAUUCAAACGAGGCUCGAAAAUUAGUAAUUUAGAAGUUAACCAAAGAGAAUUACCGGCUUGUCCCCCUCGACCGGUUUCUUAUACAUCAAGCUCCCAAAACGAUCCGAUUUACAAUUGCAAUUCGGCUACUGUUAUGUUAAACAACUUAGACACACUAAGGAGCUACGGAUCAGCCGGCGACGAAUUAGAAAACGUUCCAUCGGACUACGUCAGGCCAGAUUACGUUAAGAAUUUGAACCGAAACACUCCCCCCGGUUGUGUCAGUAACCACUACGAUUCCGAAAAGUCGACGUUCGCCGAACAGAUGCAUUUGGCUUCUUCGUUAAACGAUAGAUCGAAAAUUAAAAAGGGCACCAAUAUUCCUGAUUAUAUUAGAAUCGCUCCGAAUAACUGCGAUAUAACAAAUAGAUUGUACGGCUGUCGAAGUAACAUAAAAAGUAAUGGAUCCGUUUCCGGUGAAGAUCAAAGGAACACAGGAAGUUAUCAUUGGGAUUGUUCUGAUUGGGCGCGACAUAGCCAGACAUUACCGAACAUAACCGAGGUGCCGGGCAGCGAAAUUCCUGAUUCAUCCAGUUUUCACAGUAACGAAAGUAACGAAUCCCAUUAUCAUCAACAUUCUUCUUCGGUUUCGGGAUACCACGUCGAUCCACGUAGAGACAUUACUACUUUAAAUGAAGAUAACGAAACCGAAUAUAAUGCUGACAACAUAUAUAGAAUGAACCGCAUCAGCCCUAAUCUUAGCGGUUUAGAUAGCGGUAAUGAAGAGUAUAGAUUCACCACAGGCGAUAGUUAUACACGUCAUCCUAAUUCAUAUCUUCCAGCCCACGAAUAUAACAUACCAACAGAAGCCGACGAAAGCCUUCGAAGUCCCGGUGCAGAUUCUGAUGAUGUCGAACCAUACGGAUUCCCUAGUAAUAGAAAUAGACGAAAAAUCUGUGAUGACGAUAUAGCUUCUGUAAUUACCACUUUAGAAGAGAGACAUUCCCUAUUGGGUUAUGCAAGUAACAGCGACCUCUCGACCAACCUUUGCGAAAUAGAAGACUCCGAAUGCGAAUCUGAACACAAACCUUUGAAUAGCUACGUCGGCGGCGUUCAACAAACUUCAGUCUGACAAAAACCCUACACGGGUACGUUACGAAAAACCCGUUUUAUUGGAUAGUAUAAGAUGAGUACCACAAUGCGACAGGAUGACGUUCAAUAUUAUUCGACGUAAAUAAAUAUAUAUAAAUAUCGUGAUUUAAGGACAUUUAGGCAACUAAACCGUAUCGGGAAUUGAAGAAUAUACUUAAAAAUAAUUUAUCGUAUAGUUGGCAUAUCACAUAGUUCAACAGAGGAAUUUUUUUUUGAUUAAUCUUAGUUCGAAUGUAUUUAUUUCAAUCGCAUUUAGGUUAUUAAUUCUAUAAUAGAAAUUCAAUUGCCACUGAAUCAAAUCAGAAACUUAAGCGGUAAGCAGAAUGAACGCGAGCGUGAUGCGCUCUAGACGUUCAUAAAUGUCAAAGAUAGCUCAACUUGUUCACAAACUGUGGUAACGUACACAAUGAUUGAGCUUGUACGCGCUCUUGACUUCGAAGUUAACCAACUUUCUACUGAUCGUUGGUGAACGUUAAAAACAUAACCUCACUUUUCUAGUGUAGUUUGUAGUUGCAGAUACAGAUGCAGAUAGUUGCAGACUGUUCAUAUAACAGUCGGCUGGAUACAAGAACUCUAAAAUUUGGUAGAAUAUAGGGAAUCAUUUCCCCAUUUGAAAAUUCGAUGCCAAAUGCCAAAACUGGUGAUCAACUUCCUUAUCUAAUCGAAAAUCAGGUUUUCUUAUUGAAUGUUUUGUUGAGUCCCGAUUCAUUCUUCUAUAUUUAAAAAAUUCGUCGUUUAUUUUAAAUUAUGUUUAAGUAAAGUAAUUUUAGAUAUUUCUAAUCAAAUUGAGGGGUCUCACUCACCACCCAUUUAAUACAGUAAAGUAAGUAUAUAAUACAUUAUAAAUAAAUCAAAAUCGUUUAGAUUCGCUGGUUCGCAAUAAACAUAACCUUAAAAGUACAUGUAUAUAAAAAAAUCUAAACGGUGAUCAAAGAUCAAUUUUUUGAACAUAUCGGGGUUUAUGUGAUCAAUUUUUGAACUUAUAGAGCAGAGACUUGCCUAAACAUUCAAUAAGAAAAAAUGAUUGUCGAUUAGAUCAGGAAGUUAAUCACCAGUUCUUGUAAUAGAAUUUUUAAAUGGGAAAACGAUUCCCUAUAUUCUGCCAAAGUGUGGUAAUCAUUAUAUCUGCUGCUACCUUGCUUUUGAAGUCUGAUGGACAGGUUGGUUGUAGCACUAAAAGUAACUAGAUUACAUUACAAAAUUGCACUCAAUAAAAAUGGCACUAAACCGAUAAUAUUGCAAGUACGACAUACGACAUCUUGUAUAAAACAAUCAGCUUAACUUCAUCUGUCCAUGAUUUUAAUCAAGAGAUAUUGCGUCUUGCAUUGCAUUACACUAUGUCAAACGGCCUUGACUAACAUUCCUUCAUAUUUUCUUGUGAAAUGAAAAUAACAAAAAAUAGGUACUUUAAUGAUACCAAACGUGCUUGUAGGUGUCAUCAUUAGGUAUGAUCUACUUGAUUAUCUACUUGGCAGUUGCAAAAAUUUCUUUUUAAGGUAUAGUAGAAAAAACUAUGUACCCACCUCAAGAGGAAAAUGCGAAAACAUAUGUUUCUCAUUUGAUAUGUAAAUAGCUAUCAAUUCGUGUCAAAAUGGAAUUUCUAUUAAAGAUUAUAUUGUGAUAGACUUUUCUAAAUGUUUCCCUUUUCGUAAAAUUCCUCUGUUGAGUGAAAGCUACUUAAAGAAAUGUAAAUAAAAGGACCUAAAUAUUUUUGUAAUGUUAGUGGAAAAUAUUUGAAACAAAUACAGGGUCCGUGUGUAUUUAAUCCUAUUUAAUUUGAUUACGCCUUUUAUUUGUAGUUUAUGGGAUUAAAUAUACCAAACCUUAUGUUAAUUACCAUAUUUGGAAUUUCGAUAUUGAUGGAACAAAUUUAAUUUAAAUUUCGGUGUAAUGGUGUCACAAAUCGAAAUUCGAAUGGUAUACAAGUUUUUUUAUGUUUCCUUGAUAGUAUCAUCGCCUUUUGCGUUUUAGUUUUUAGAACUUUUUAUAUAUUCAUAAUUUUAAUUAAUAGUCAUCGGUUUUAUUAUAAAUUGACAUGAAAAUCUCAAACCCAUAUUUCUAGAUUGAAUUAAUGCUCCAAAAAAUGUAGUAUCUUUGUGAAAUUUGUUUUAUAAAGUUGUAGGUAUAUUUUGACACUAAAUUACUCAAAAUUAUUGAUUAAAAAUUGUUUAUUACUCACUUAACAUUUGAAACUAUUGUAUAAAAAAUUACUUUUAAGUUUUUUUCAAAGUGUUACGCCAAUAAGUCAUCAUUUGAAUGUUUUGAAAUAUAUUUUGAAGACAAUUUAAACUUAUACAAUUUAUAUCGCAAUUCAACCAAAUUAUUAUUUAUAAAUUUAAACAAAAUAUAUUACACUAGGUAUUUAAUAUUCGUUUUGUAGCACAUAUUGCCUCCCCUUGUUCAAAUCAUUAUAUUCACCAUAAAUGCAUAUUUAUAUAUAAAUUUAUUCUUUUUCCCUGCUAUUAUAAAAUAGUAUUAUAGAUUCAAAAAUAUUUAAACAAUAUCGAAUAGCAUCAAUUAAUACGAAAAUACGAAAAUUUUCACAUUUACAUAAUUUCUAAGAUGUAAGAUUCAAUCUAGUGGGGGAUAGAUUUUCCAACUACUAUUUUUUGGUAUCAAUUUUAAAAUAAUAAUUUAAUUGAAACGUUUCUUUAGAUAUUUUUAUGUGUAUAUAGACUCACCCAGUCUUUUAUAAAAAAAUAUCACUUCAAUUAUCGAAGUAUCGAAUUCAAAGACAUUACAGUUUAGAGACAAAAUCUCUCAAUAUAUAAUUGUAGAAUUUUAUUAUUCUGCAAUUAUUAUUGGAUCAGCUGGCAACGUUGUAAACAGAGUGUUCGUAUUAUCGCUAUAAACGUAGUUUAAAAAUCAACAGUAUUGCCAAACUUUGGCCAACAAAACGUAAAAGUAAAGGCCCAAUUACACCAGUCGAGCCACUCGAUUGGUUAGGUUAUGAUAACCGCGUGUUACCAAAAAAUAUCGUACAAGCAGGUGGAAACUGAUUACACUUAACGAAUGGUAAAGACAGUGGCAGUCAGUGUGUAAAUCAGUGGUACAGGAUCCUGUCGUACCGGACCGAGUGCAUGCCUUGACCGAAUACUCUGUAAAUAAAAAUAUUUCAAGUUGGAAGCAAUGGUUACAGAGGUGACAGUAUCAUUAUAUCUCCGAUUACAAACAUACGUCAAAACUGAUGAAUAAACUAACUUAGUAAAUCAGAAAGAACACGAUUCCGCAGUGAUACUAAACGUAGAUUCUCUAUGGAUAUCCAUGGCUGGAGACACUGUGAUUAAGGCAAUAUCGUCGGACAUGUAUACAGCCUGUAAUAAUUUAUUCCUGUGGACUCUCUCGCGAGCAAAUGUCCACUAAUUCUCUAUUAUCUUUGUAUCUCUUCUGACGCACUGUAAUCUUUUUUACUUCGGUCCUUUGAUCUUUCAGCCUUUCUUUUCACGUUUGGUGCCGUACCCUCCGCAGCAAGUUCUAUGUACCUGACUAUGUCUAUGUCCUUGAACAGAAGAUGCUAACUUCUUAAUUACGUUGCAUUCUCCACUGGUUAUGUUUUUUUUUCCAUUGAGAUAUAUAUUUUCCUCGAAAUUUUUCUACCAAAGACUUUUUGCUCUAUAGCGUUUACCACCGUUCAAUCUUUUAACCCAUAGGUCAGAACUUCCUAGAUAAUAUGUAAGUUGAUCAAGGGACUUCUUGGUUAAUAUCGUCAUUAGUUGUUAGAGCUGAAUUUAACUAAUUGAAGUUAUUAACCUUGUCGAAAGUUGUAUCUUUGCAAUACUUUAUCGGACAUAACUCGUCAUUUAUUAAUUUAUAUUGAGACCUAUGGUUAUGUUAAAUAGAAUUUUAAAAACUCUGGUACGAGAAACACUUUUUACCCUGAAACUUUGUGAUAUUGAUUGUUGUAAUUACAAGUGUCUUAAAACAGCAAUUUCCAUGGCUUUGUUGUUUACUAUAUUUUUAUGGUUGAUGUCUUUAAUUGUUAACAAAUGCUAUUCCUACAAAAUUUAUGUGUGAUAGUUCUUCCAGGUGUGAAGCAUAGUUUAGGUAUGACUGUUGUAUAUUCAUUAUUCCACGGUUGUUUGAUUUAUGCAAAGUAUUCACGUUUUCAUUGUCCAGGUACUAGGUAUUUGUAAGUAUUACAAAAACUAAGGUAGCUAUUUUAUACUUUAUUUAAAAAAAACGUCAAACAACAAUGUUUCAGUUACAGUGUUUUUUUGUCAAUACAAACCGAUCAAUUAGUGAAAUAUACUGCAGGUGUUCAAUCUCGAAAAUUUAUUGUAAUUCGAAACUAACGGUAACCCCAAAACUACAUUGAACAAUUUUGGAAUCUUCUGUUAAAGAUAAAUACGAAAACCCAAAACUGUACAGUCUCUCGUACCUAUCGGACGCUUCUGAUGGUACAAUGAGUUAGUAAGAGUAUCUAAAUAAAGAUUUUUUUCAAUUCACUUCCAAAUUGUUCUAAUGUUUCAAUGAAAUUUCUUAAAUCUUUCUUUAUUUUAUUUUCUUGAUAAAUUGGCCAUUAUAAGUUUUUACUUAUACGUCUCCUAAAGCACUAAUUGAAAAGAAAACAUAACACAACCUACAAGUACAAUCUAAGGAUAAUUUAAAUUAAAAUAAACUACUUUUGGCACUCUAUACACACACUUAUAAAUAAUUCCACAAAUAGGACUGUCCGGAAUAUAUUUGGUUGUUAGUUUGUGAUAAGUCUAAGAUUUUUUAAAGUUAAUAUUUGAUCUUUAGAUUAAUAUUGAUUUUUAAAAAAAAUUUUUGAUGUACCUGUAGUAAAGUUUAUAGAAGAAUUUUCCGCAUAUAUAAGUAAGUAAAGAAUUUGACUUUUCGUUGUGAUGUCUUUGAUUGAAUCAUACAUUUACAUUUAUUUUUGCUUUCUAAAUACUAGAGUUGUAUUUUAUCUAAGACUGGUGGUUAAAAAUUUCUUCGUUUAAAUAAUAUGGAUAAGGACUCACUUUGUAUAAAAAUAGUUAAUUAAAAUACACUUUCGGUAUGAUAUGAAUGUUCUAAUAAAUAAUUAUGAAAAACAAAAUCAAAGUUUCGCUACAGAACUGAUUAAAAUAGGAAAAAUUGUGUUUUGUUCUAAGUAUGAAUGAAGUAAUCUAAAAUAAUUACAUUCAUUCCAAUAUUGAUUUUGUUUCUCCUUAGUUUAUUUUAUUUCUAUUUGUGAUAAUCCGCAUUUAUUUUCAGUAUGUUUUGUGCAGUUUAAUUGUUUUUUAUUUUACGUUUUGAGAAGUUUUUAUCUGAAAAAGACUGUUUUUCAUUCCAUUAUUCAAAAAAGUACUGGUAACAAUGUAUUAUUUUCUAUAUUGCCUCGUAAAAUAAAAUCUGACAGAACAUACUGAAACAUUUUUUAAUUAUUUUUAUAUGUAAAUAAUUCCAGUGAAAUAUAUUCAAAUUAAGUAUUGGUGAAUCUUUUUGUAAAUUACUAAAAUUUAUAUAUUUUCAAAUUGAGUUGUUAAAUGACAUGUGCCUAAUAAUUAAAUAUUAAAUUAUGGCAGCUCAAUUCACAACAUAAAUUUAUACUAUUUAGCAUUUAGAAACGUUUAAUAUUUUUUUUCCUGGUAGCUGCAAUAUCUAUUAGAUAUAUGUAGUAUUGCCGUGUAAGUUGUCUUGUCUGGGUUGUGUUCCAAACCAUCAUUUUCUGUUAAAGAUUUUUCAUCAUAAAACUUGGGAUAAUUGAUUUUUAUAAGUUGGAAUUUCUAGAAUAAGUUACUCAUACUACAACUAUACCAAGACUUACAAUUAAAUUGUAUGGUUUCCAUGCGGCUCGAAGGACCAGACAAUGUAAAAGUUUUGGUGUAAUGGUAGUAGAGUCCUACUUAUUCUAGGAACAUGAAUGAAUAAAAAUAAGAUGGAGUUUUAAGUUUCUAGUACCAUUACUCCUCUAUUAUUUUAUCAUAACACUUAUAAUGAUGUUAUUUGAGCACGACCUCCUCUUACGGGAUGUUUUUGGUUCUGUUUCAACUUUUGUUUGUUAACUCAUUAAUUAAAUGAAUUUGAAUACUCCUUUUUGUAUUUGUACCACUCAUUGGACUUUUUUACCAUUAACUAUAUAAAAUUGCUGUAAUUUUUACAUAAAAUGAUCAAAUAAACUGAUUUU